AUGGCAGAAGGAUCUCUAGCAUCUGCAGUUGUCCUCCCCGACGUGGAAAGCCCAGGCCCUUCCCCCGACGCAGGUCUAAAGCGGAAACAAUCGUCCACCACCGAUCAGGACACAGACCUCAAACGUCGACGGCUCAGUGGCCAGAUUGAAAACCAACCCCCGGAGUCUGCUCCGAGCCAGAGCCAGUCUUCUCCUGGUACAGCAGGGAAAGAUUCCGAUCGGAGACUAAACCGCAGAGAUGAGGAGCGCAAGCGCGGCCAACGGUUGUUUGGAUCGCUACUGGGGACGCUUUCGCAGAGUUCCAAUUCCGCGGCGCAGCGACGACGCGCGGAUAUCGAGAGGAAGCAGCAGGAUAAACUGAAGUUACAGGAUGAGGAGUAUGGCGAGCUGAAGAAGAAGCGGAGGGAGGAGCGGAUAGCAACGAGGAAGAAGGAGCAGAAGCUGUACGAGAAGGAAGUGAUGCAAACGCGACAUACGAAUCUGGUGGCAAUGGCUUACUGUCUCAAGACAAGGACAGAGCCGGUUCUGUACUAUAAGCCGUGGCAACUCCGGCCCCAGAACGAAUCAAUUAUCCGAGACCAAGUGCACGACGCAGAAGCUACAGUUGCUCGAGAGCUGGAAGAGUUUGAAGCACGGAGCGCAGCCCAAGAGGAAGAGGCCCUGGAUACCGAGAAACAGAAGCUACCGGAGGAGACUGCAGAGCAAGCCUCGACGUCGAAAGAUACCCAGAAUGCACAGAGCACCGAGCCAGAAACCGACCCAGCGAGAGCGGAAACCAACCACGAUAAGGACCCUAGCAUAGUUAAGACUGAGAGUACCCCAGCAAUCCAUAACGAUAUACCACUGAAUCACGACCAAGCAGACGUCCAUCGGGGCGCGGAAGAUGAUGGCGGAGAGGUGGUUGAAGACAAUGAAGACACGGUUAUUUACUGA